GAUAUCAGUCUUGUUGAGGAGACAAGGUCAACUUGGGGGAGACUCCGAUUCACAGAAUGACUCAUCUUGAGUAUUGCACACACAGACCAGGCCUCUAACCACUCCCCGGGAGCCUGCGUGCCAGCAGCCUGGAACUCAGAGCCUCUCCUGGAGCCUGCACAGUCAAUCCAGACCGAAGCUGAUGUCUUCUAGAGAGACGGAAGUGCAAUCCAGCCAGGGCGCUGCAGGAUUUUGAGAGGCCCGAAUGCCUCCGCGUCCACCAGGGGACCGCUGGGACUAAUUCUCUUGGCAAACUUGUGGCCCACCAAAACUACUAUGCUUCACAUCCCUGUUAUCCUUGGUUACCGCCCAAGAUUGGCUUACAGAAGAGAUGAAAUGUGGUCUGAGGGACGAUAUGACUAUGAAAGACUCCCAAGAGAAAGAGUACCUCCUCGAAAUCACCCCAGUGAUGGCUACCAUAGAGUAGUUAAUAUUGUGCCAAAGAAACCACCACUGCUAGACAGACCUGGUGAAGGAAACUACAAUAGAUAUUACGGUCAUGUUAACCGAGAAUGUGACGAGGGCCGCAGUUUUUCUCAUGAUCGAAGAAGUGGUCCAUCUCACAGAGGAGAUGAGUCUGGCUAUAGGUGGACAAGAGAUGAUCAUUCUGCAAGCCGGCAGCCUGAAUACAGGGACAUGAGAGAUGGCUUUAGAAGAAAAAGUUUCCACUCUUCCCAUUACAUGAGAGACCGGUCUCCUCAUAAAAGAGACACACCGUUUUUCAGAGAAUCACCUGUAGGCCGAAAGGAUUCUCCACACAGCAGAUCUGGCUCCAGUGUCAGCAGUAGAAGUUAUUCUCCAGAAAGAAGCAAAACGUACUCUUUCCAUCAGCCUCAACAGAGAAAGUCCGUGCGUGCUGGUGCCUCCUACAAACGGCAGAAUGAAGGAAAGCCAGAAAGAGGCAAAGAGAGACCUGUUCAGUCUUUGAAAACAUCAAGAGACACUUCACCCUCAAGUUCUUCAGCAGUUCCUUCAUCAAAGGUGUUGGACAAACCCAGUAGGCUAACUGAAAAGGAAUUUGCUGAGGCUGCAAGCAAGUGGGCUGCUGAAAAGCUAGAGAAGGCAGAUGAAAGUAACUUACCUGAAAUUUCUGAAUAUGAGGCAGGAUCCACGGCACCAUUAUUCAUAGACCAACCAGAAGAACCUGAGUCAAAUGCAACAGAUGGCAUAGAAUUAUUCGAAGGCAAUCAGCUAACCAGUCGCUCUAAAGCAAUAGCAUCAAAAACCAAAGAGAUUGAACAGGUUUACCGACAAGACUGUGAAACUUUUGGGAUGGUUGUGAAAAUGCUGAUUGAAAAAGAUCCUUCAUUAGAAAAGUCUAUACAGUUUGCAUUGAGACAGAAUUUACAUGAAAUAGGUGAGCGAUGUGUUGAAGAACUCAAGCAUUUUAUUGCAGAAUAUGACACCUCUAGUCAAGAUUUUGGAGAGCCUUUUUAAAAGAUUACUUGCUCAGGCAAAAAAAAAAUGUUUCUAGAUUUUUUCCUGGAUUGUAUAAAUCCUUAAUAUAUGGAAUUUUUGUGAUGAAGAGAAAUACUUUAUGAUAGUUGACCAUAUUUCCAGUAUCAAAUAAACAUCUAAAAUAGUCUAAGAUAUUUUAAUUAGAAUUUUUUUUUUUUAUCUACAUAUAGAGCCUCCUAACCCCUACUUAACUUUUUUUUUUUCCAUCCUAAAAUGUUGGGUCAAUUAAUUUUUCAAGCUUUCUUGAAAAAGGAGUCCUGGAGAGCAGUUUUCUUUACUUACUCAUAUCCUGUAGUCUUCCACGGUAUGUGAUCAUAUGUUUGGUUAUACUAGUGUAAUUUAUAGGUUAGAGAUCAUUCCGCUUAAACACUUAUAGUCUUUUUACAUUUCAUAAUCAAUGAUACCAUAUGAAAAUGUUAGAAUUCUGAGUUGUGGUUUUAUUGACUUGUUGCUUGCUUAUCUUAGGCUUUGUAGCUUCUAAGGUGUUUAAGUAUAUUAUCCAAAUAAACGAAAUAUCUUAUAGAAUAUUUGCUUUGAGAAUAAUUCUCAUUGUAAUAAAAUAGAGCACUUAAGUCUCUAAAAGACACCUCAUAAUAAAAUCCUGUUUUCCAAGUAAAUGAACUCAAUGUCUUCUAUUAAAAUAAUCCUGAAACUCCUGACUCCCCUAGUCUCACUGAUGUGUGAGUCUAAUCAUAUAGAAGACUAAGAGAAGGGGCAGUUUGAGCUGUUCAAUGAGGACUGUUUUAAAGUUGAGAUUUCUUUAAAACUUUCUAACCAGAAGAGAAAAAUUUAGAAUAUGAGGCUGUAAUGGAGUUUCAUUUUUCCAUAGGCCCAUAUUCCCCAACUCAAGAAAGAAUGUGAUUGAUAACAAAUCCAUCAUUAAAGCAUUUACAGAUGAUCCCUUUGUUAACCUCUGUUUGUAGUCUUAACACACACACUCUUUGUUCUGCUGCUCUUUUUAGGGAUUCAGAGCCCUCUCAAAGUGUUCUUGAAAGAAACAGCAGAGUAAGCCUAGGACAACCACCCUUCACCAAGGAGCCCAUGUAAACGCUCCUUCAUGAGCGAGCCAUCCAAGUCAUGGCUUAGUUAAGAAUCUAACUGGGACGUAUAGGAUAUUCCACUCAUUUCCUGAUCCCUUCCAGCUGCCCAGUGGCAUUUAGCCAACAUAUGUACCUUUGUGCCUGGGUUAGGAACCCUUUAAAGAUCAUGUUUGUUAUUACCACCCAGUUUCAUUAUCCUCCCAUCCUCUUUCCGUUUCCACUCUCUUCUCACUUGAAUUCUGGCAUUAUUUUUAGUGGCCUCUGUUGAUUAAAGAGCAGAUAAAAAGUAUAUUAAAAGUGGAAAGAGCAGUAUAAAUAAUUUUAGUGGAUCCUAUAAAGGGUGCCUCAAAAUAUAUAUUAUGCCAUUCCACAAAUUUAAAAACUAAUUGAAGGCAACAGUUAUUUUCUUAAGUUUCCUAUAUGAGACCACCUUAAAUUUAGAUAUUGUACAUAUGCCAAAACUAAACUCUAUAUAUCAUCUUUGGUAUGCUUCCCUAUUAUAAACAGUGGUUUUACUUGUUAUCCGCUAGAAAGACUAAGAAAGUACUGAUCUUAUUUCCUCCCUGCACCCAGGUUUUUCUUCUUAAAUAUUCUAAUUCCAGGAUUCAUUUCCUCAAGUCAGGAUGUCACAAGAUUAAAAAUAAAACUUGAGACUCAACUGCCUUGAGGCAAAGGAGUUGUUCACUUUGUUGAAAUUCAUUAAAUUGAAAAGUUUUAUUCACAGACGCAUUUAAAUAUAGGUUCAGCAGAUAAUUUCUUCUUUCCCUUUUCCCCAAAUUAUAUUCAACAUUUAGAACUGUUUAUAGCUUGCCAUCAACAUUAUUCUGGUAGGCUUGGCAGUGUUAAAUCUGUCCGUUUUAUUUUUAAAGCUUAAAAUUUUUAAAGUCUAAUUUUAGGAUAGAUGAAUUCAAAUAUGUAUGAGUAUGUAUGUUGCAAAAUGGUCUUGAUUAAAAAAUAUUUGUGAAUUAUCCAUUGUUUUUGAGUAUGCCCCAAUUGAUGUGAUGAAAUUUUCAUUGUCUUACCAUAAAGCCUUGAUGAUCAACAGGGGGAAAGCAGAUAUUGUGAAGCCUUUUUGUGAAUUUUAAAAGUGCAAAAUAAAGCAACCAGAUUUAAAUAA